AUGAAUACGAUAUGUCGGAACAUCAACGACAACAACGACAACAACAAAAGCAACGACAACGACUGCAACGACAACGACAACAACAACGACAACGACGGCAAUGACGACGACGACGACGACAAAAACAACGAAAACGAUAACAACGACAAACAUAACGACAACGACAAAAACAACGAUAACGACAACAACAGCAGAAAAAACUACAACGGCAAAGACUACAAGAGCAAAGAUAACAACAGCAACGACAAUGACAACAACGACAACAACAGCAACGACAAAAAAGACGUCGCCGGCACGAGAUCCUCGCGCGCAGCCAACUGGAGCGCUGCACCUGCUGCUGCUGUUUGA